AUGGGUAUGCAGGCUGCUUGGCUCGUUAAUAUCCCUUCGUAUCGUGAGCCCGCUGUGGUAUUUGGGAACAGGCAUCUUGUUUGGCGGAUUGCUUCAGUUGGAUGUUCAGCAAUACUCAUAGGCAAAACCAGUUGGAGACAGAGAGGUGGCGUGGGUGAGCGGAGGUGGGAUGACGUGACCUUCAACCCGGGGAAGGAGCGCGAGUGGUUAAAUAGGUCGUCUGAGUGGGAGGGCAAGAAAGUGCAUGAGAGAAAAGGAGAAGCCAACCCUGGGAGAAGGAGAGGCAGCGCAACCAGGUUAAAACGCAAGCCAAUACAUUGGAGUAGCCACUGCUGGCACACUCCUAAGGUAAAACUUGAAAGAGAUGUGAUUAGCCAUUUGCGGAGGGGGAAUUUUGUGAAGCCAGAGCAAAAGUUCAACGACGAAAAGGGUUUGAAAGCCCCUAGUUUUCGUAGGAACUGCCUGGCAGAUACGACAGAUAUGGCGGCUUAUCACCGGAAUCACAAAAAAGGCCCACCAAAACUGAAUGCACGAAGCCUUGAGGGAGAAAGGCGAAAAAGUCGAGCUAGAGCUAUCAAAUAUCAAGUGAAUGAAACGGGGGGGAAACGCUCUGAACGAAUGAAAUUAGCGAAAAUGAGCGUCCACGAGCUGCAAAACGGCUUCAGGGAGUCAGGACGAGACCCCAGAGACCUGAGAGAUGAUCUGCCAAUUAUAAUCGUUGACACGUUUUUCAUACGGUGGGAAUGGCCUUGA